AUGAGGCCCCUGCUCUUCUUCACUGUCCUCCUCUGGCUCAGGGGAACCUUAGAAGAGGACGAUGAUGGAUGCAACCAGGUAGAGGUGCCUGCAGAAAGUGAGCUCGGAGAACAGCCCCUGCAGGUGAACGUCAGUAAUAAAGGUCAGCCUGCCAGCUUGGUCCUGAAUUGGGGGACGCCAAUCCCCGCUGGGCUGGGCUAUGUUCUCCAUCUUACCCAGCUGGGCCUCUCUGCCCCCCUUGAAAGAUUGCGGCUCCAGGCUGGCCCCAAUGCCAGUAGCUUCCAGUUCCAGGACCUGGUCCCUGGGAGCCACUACCAGCUUGAGGUGACAGUGCUGCUGCCCUGCUCCCAGAAUUCCACUGUCACCCUCACAGUUCAGACAACCCCUUCACCUGUCCUCAACCUGAGACUCAACAACUCUGGGAGCCCAUCCAGGCUAGAGGCCAAUUGGGAGUCUGCUCCUGGGGAACAAGAUGGCUACCAGCUUUGCCUUUACCACUUGGAGUCCCAGACAUUGGCAUGGAACAUCUCGGUGGCUCCAGGAAUUCUCUCCUACCAUUUUGACAGUCUCCUGCCAGGCAGUGAAUAUGCCUUAUGGAUCACUACCUGGGCUGGUGCCCUCCAUGCCAAGACCAGCAUUCGCCAGUGGACAGCUCCAAUACCCCCAGAACAUUUAGUAUUGUUUGCCAUGGGUACCAAUGCCCUUCAAGCCUCUUGGAACAGGGCUGAGGGGGCAGCUUGGUUCCACCUGACCCUUUUGGACCUCUUGGAUGGUACUAUACUCACAGCCGUGGCCAAGCGGGGCAACACCAGCCACACCUUCUAUCACCUCUCCCCGGGCACUCCCUACCAGCUGUCACUCAAUGCUAUUGCCGGCCUCUUGCAGAUUGGAGGACCCAAUGCCACUUCGCAGACUUAUCCUUCUGUCCCUUUUGACUUGAUGCUGACUCCUUGGCCCCCCGGGCUCUUGGCAAGCUGGCGGGCAGGGCCAGGGCACCGGGAUGGUUACCUGUUGCAGCUGACUGGGCAAGCUGAGAGGAACAGUACCUUGGGACCUGAGGCUCUCAACACCACCUUCCCAGGCCCUCUUCCUGCUGGCCACUACACUUUGGAACUCACAGCCCUAGCUGGACCCCAUGGUGCCUCAGCUCAGGCUCAUACCUGGCUGGAGUCCUUUCCAGAUUCCAAGACCAGGCCCCAGCCUGGGGUUCUCCAGCUAGCUGGGCUGCAGGCAUCGAGGGAGCCAGGCCGCAGGGUACUGCUCUACCCCGAGGGCUCCCCAGAUGUCAUCGCCAAUGUUUCUGUGCUGCCCAAUGCCACCCAUGUCACUUUCCGAGGGCUGGUGCCAGGUGCCCAAUACCGAGUCGAUAUUAUCUUACCCUCAGGGGCCACCACUCAGAGGCUGGUAGGGCAUACCUGGCCCCGGGCUCCACAGUCACUGCAAGUCACAGGCAGGGGCAGCUCCACCAACCUGGAUGUCCGAUGGGUAUCUCCAGAAGGAAGGCGAGAUGGGUACGGGGUUUCCUGGCAGGAAGAAGGGACCCAGAAGACCCUAGGUUUCCUUGGUGUGGGCAGCAAGCAAACUAAUCUGACUCUUGAGGGACUCACCCCUGGUUCCUGCUUCAUUGUGUCAGCUUGGGCCUGGGCUGGGCGCCUUAAUUCUACCACCCAGAAGGCUCAGACUUGCACGUUUCCUGCUUCCCCUGUCAACCUGAGCCUGGGAAGUGAAGGCAACCCUUCUACCCUGACUGCCCACUGGAGCCCACCUCCUGGGGCCUUGGAUGGUUACCGGUUACGGCUGCUCCACCUAGCACCCCUGAAACUGAAGGAAGAAGCAGUGCUGUCCUCUGAGAUUCAGAGCUUCUCCUGGACCCAGCUACCCCCAGGCAUGGAGUUCAUGGUACAGCUGGUGGCCCUGCGAGGUGUAGAUGAGAGUGACAUUAUAAAUGCCACAGCCUGGACGUAUCCUGAGGCACCAGCUAACCUGACUCUCUUCAAUGUGGGCAGUCCUGAGGCCUCAGCCCUGCUGGCAUCCUGGAAACCAAGUGGAGCACAGAGUUUUGAGCUUACUUUGUACCAGCUGCCAAUGGGCAACGCCACUCACCAUGUUAUCCUCAUGGGCAAUGUCACCAGCUAUGCCUUCUGGGGGUUGGAGCCAGGGACAGCUUACAGUUUAAGGGCUGGUAGCAUCGGGGGACCUUACCAGGCCUGGGCCCCCAACAUUACUUCAUGGACUUUUCCCUUGACUCCAGCCAUGGUAAAUGUGACCAAUAGGGACCCGACCAGGGUAUGUGUAUCCUGGGACCAUGCAUCCGGGAGCCAGGAUGGCUACCGAGUCACCCUUCACCAGGAAGGCUCUACGGUGAGCACCACUGCUGUUGGACCUGAGGUGAACAAUAUAAGUUUUUCCAAUCUGACUCCAGGCACCGAGUACUGGGUGGAGAUUGUCUCUUUAGCUGGGCCCCACCAUUCUGCGGCAGCCAACAUCACCAGCUGGACCCCCCCACUGGUGCCCAAGGAGCUGUCAGUGACCAUGCAAGGGGACAAUGCCAUGGUGGCUUUGACUUGGGCUGCUGCCCCAAAGGGGCAGGGGAAAUGCCAGGCCCAGCUCUUAGAGUCUGGGCAGUUACUCCGCAGGCAACCUGUGUCCUUGGGCCAAACCCGCCUCAUCCUAAGAGGCCUGAUUCCUGGGCAUACCUUCUUCUUCUCUGUGCUGUGUCAAGCUGGACCUCUCCAAGCUUCCACCAGUCCAAUAGCGCUGCUUGUCGAGCCCAGGCCAGUGGAAGAUGUGCAGUGCCAACCUGAGGCCACCCAUCUGGCGCUCAACUGGACAGUUCCUGUAGGAGAAGUGGGCACCUGUCUGGUAAUGGCAGAGCAGCUGGAGACUGGAGGGAAAGCACAACCCAUCUUCAGUGCCAACACCUCCAGGAAUUCCCUCUGGCUCCCUGGCUUGACACCUGCCACUUCUUACCGCCUUAGCCUCACCUUGCUGGGGAGAAAUGGGCUGUGGAGUCAGACGGUUACUCUGCUGUGUACCACCUCUCCAGAAGCCUGGCGCCCCCCAGAGAUGGCAGCUGCCCCUCACUUGGAGUCUGAGGCAGGCGCUGGGGUUGUGAUUACAAGGGACAUGUUUGGGGAGGAUAAUGGACAGAUCCAAUGGUAUGGUGUUAUUGCCACCACCAAUGCCUCAUUGGUACAGCCAUCCCGAGAAGCCAUUUCCCACACUUGGUAUGACCAUUACUACAGAGGACUUGACUCUUAUUUGGCUGUCUUGCUGCCCUCCCCCUUCCGCCCAGGCCCAUGGGCAAUGCCCCGCUCUUGGACAGUGCCUGUGGGCACUGAGGAUUGUGGCCAGACCCAGCAGACCUGUAAUGGGAAGCUCAAGCCAGAUGCCCAGUAUAGGUUCAGUGUUGCAGCCUUUACCAGCUCUGACCCGGUCAAUCCUACUGUCUCCUUUACAGCCUUCUCAGAGCCUCGGGCCAGUGUCUCGGGGUCAUCAAUGCCACUCCUGGUGGCAUCAGGCAUUGUAUCAGGUUGCCUCUUUACCCUGUGUGCCGUGCUAGGCCUGCUGUGCUGUAGACGUGUGCGCGUUGAAAGGUUAGAAAAGAAUCAUUUCUCCCAAGAGAUGACACCCUACAAGGAAAUGAACAUCCGCCGGCCAAUUCUUAGUCGGAACUUCCAACAGAACUAUGAGGCCAAGAAAGCCAAUGCCCAUCAGGCUUUCUUCCAGGAGUUUGAGGAGCUAAAGGAAGUUGGCAAGGAGCUGUCCAAACUGGAGGCAGAGAACCCUGCCAAUGCCAUCAAGAAUCGCUACCCACAUGUGCUGCCCUAUGAUCACUCUCGAGUGAGGUUGACUUAUGUGGACGGUGAGCCUCAUUCUGACUACAUCAAUGCCAACUUCAUCCCGGGCUAUACCAGAUCAAAAGAGUUCAUUGCCACUCAGGGCCCACUCAGGAAGACAAUAGAAGAUUUCUGGCGGCUGGUGUGGGAGCAGCAGAUCCACACAAUUGUCAUGUUGACCGUAGGCAUGGAGAAUGGGCGGGUCCUGUGUGAGCAUUACUGGCCAUUAGACUCCACCCCGGUCACUCAUGGCCAGAUCACCAUCUGCCUCUUGGGAGAGGAGAAAGGGGAAGACUGGACAAGGAGGGAACUCCAGGUGCAAUAUGGCCCCCAGCAGGAGGAACGCAGGGUCCAGCAGCUGCACUUCACGGCCUGGCCAGACCACGGUGUUCCUGAGGCUCCCGGUUCCUUGGUCAAGUUUGCAGAGCUGGUACAGGAGGAAAUAAAGGCUGCUCCCAGCACGGUACCCACCUUGGUGCACUGCAGCGCCGGUGUGGGUCGAACUGGAACCUUUGUGGCCCUGAUUCGGCUCCUACGACAGCUACAAGAGGAACAGAUGGUGGAUGUGUUCUACACGGUGUAUGCCCUGCGGCAGAAUCGGCCCCUCAUGAUCCAGACCCUGGCUCAGUACAUUUUUCUGCACAGCUGUCUGCUGGACAAGAUUAUGGAGGAGCCAGCUGAGUCUCUUGUCUCCUGGCCCAUCAUUGUGAGGAACUUCGCACAGAAGCAUGCCAAGAGGUCAGCCCACACCAACGCUGGCUUCCUAAGGGAAUACGAACUCCUUCUGCAAGCCAUCAAGGACCAGGAUAAUUCUGCCCAACACCAGCUGGGCAGUGCCACCUCCCAGCUCCUUUCCUAUGAUCGCUGGAAAAUGAAGUUUUCUCUGGAAGAGAAUCCCGCCAACUCUGUUCAGGCCUGGUUCUUUCCAGGGGGACUUUCUGUCCGAGACCAAGUAGCACUGGCAGGUCCUGCAGAGACAGAAGAGUUCUGGCAGUUGGUGUGGGAGCAUGGUGUCCGAGUUCUAGUCUCCUUGUGCCCUCUGGGUACUCAGAAUGAGAAAUGGUGGCCAGUGUUGGAGUAUCCCAUCCACAUCGAGGCAUUGACUGUCCGCUGGGUGGAACAGAAAGAUGUGGCAGGGUGGCUUUGUCUUCACCUGAGAGUCAAACACGAGAAGAAAGAAAAAGAACUCAAGGUGAAGCUGUUUCAGUUUCCGUGCUGGGAAAGUGGGCAGGAGCCUCCAGCCCAGGUCUUGUUGUCCUUUCUGGCAGCUGUGGGCCAGCACCACUCACGGAUCAAGAAAAAGAAGCCAAAAACAGUGCUCAUGUACUCCAGCUCAGGAAUCCCCCAGUUGGGGGUUCUCUUGGCCAUGGAUCGGCUGCUACAGCAGGCAAAGUUCCAGAGCUCAGUGGACAUCUUUGGCGUGGUCUUGCAGUUGGCACGGGCCUGUGGCUCCAUGACGCCGACGCUGGAACAGUACAUUUACCUCUAUGACUGUGUGGGCAGUGCCCUGGCCAAUGGGCUAGCCUAAGGGAAGGGGUACAGCUGCCCAGGAGC